UCGAUUUGAUUCCAUCGUCAAGAGUAAACACACAGAAACUGCAAUCACUGUUUGUGUGAGAGAAAUGGUGAAAUCGGCGACGACGAAAGAUGACGCACACGCUCUGUUUCACUCUCUCCGAUCUGCUUAUUCGGCCACUCCAACAAAUCUUAAGAUUAUAGAUCUGUACGUCGUGUUUGCUGUCUUCACUGCCCUAAUUCAGGUGGUUUACAUGGCAAUAGUUGGGUCCUUUCCAUUCAACUCUUUCCUCUCGGGUGUCCUUUCUUGUGUAGGGACAGCAGUCCUAGCUGUUUGUCUACGUAUCCAAGUGAACAAAGAAAACAAGGAAUUCAAGGAUUUACCACCAGAACGUGCUUUUGCGGAUUUUGUUUUGUGCAAUUUGGUGCUGCAUUUGGUGAUUAUGAAUUUCCUUGGAUAAGUUAUGUGUUUGGACAUGUUAUAAGACUGCAUUUUGAUGAGGGCUAGGGACAGGACUUUAGAUAUUGAUUUGUGAUGCUUGAAUCUUGAAAUUUUUACUGGUAAAUGGUAAUAGGUUAUAUUGAACCUUGUUAUAACUUUGAAAUGUCGGUGAAUCGGUCACUUGUAGUGCAAUGAGGUACACAUUCUUGUAGCUCA